AUGGAUGACCGAUUAAGACUGCAGCGCUUGCUGCGGGACAAUUGUACGCAAGAACCAGAGGACGCUAUCGGUCAUCUUCUGGCUUUGUUAAAUAAAGAGAAUGGACCAUGGCCGUUUGGAGACCUCAUUCGCAGUUACCAAAGUCUCUGGAAGGGCUUGCCGGUGGCUGUUCGGGAUGGCAGUGAUUCAGAAUGGAACACCACAAUAGACCUACUGAAGCUUAGAUUAAAGCACUUCGCUCAGCAUAUGGAAGAUCCCUUACACCAUAAGUCUCUACGGCCUGCACUAAACGACACUGAAGCAAAUCAAGAGAUAUCCCAUGCCGUGCUUCAUGAAUUCGUCAAACACUUCGACUUGGGCCUUGCUUGCUCUGCUAGCAGAAAACCUCGAGUCAUGGUUAUCUUGCCCAACGGUCCUUUGUUGGCUCUUGCAGUCCUUGCGGUAGCAAAUCGCUAUACACUGGUGCCAAUGUCAAAGGCUGUGACAGCGGAACAGCUGAAGAUGGAUAUCAAGGCUGUAGAGGCCGAUGCGGUUCUCAUGCUUGAAGCAGAUGUACCAAAGUUUCGAAUUGAGUCAGAAAUUGCUACCUUCAUCGUCAAACCCCAAGACAACCUGAUCUUUCGCGUAUCCCGUUGGGCCGAUGCUAGCUCUUCAACCAUUGCUCGUUUGAGGCCUAAUGGCCCAGAUGAUCUCGCUAUAAUUCUCUUUACCAGCGGAACGAGCGGUACCAAAAAGUUAGUGCCAAUCACUACAUUCAACCUACUGGCUAGCAUUAUUUUCACGAUGGACAGCCUGGGUUUACAAGAUACUUCAUCCUGUCUUAACAUGAUGCCUUUACACCAUGUCGGUGGAAUGGUACGAAGCUUGUGGGCUCCAGUAUUUGCGGGAGGGACUACAAUAUGCUGCCCUACUUUCGACCCUAGUUUCUUUUGGGACGCUGUUGAGAAGUGGUGCCCGACAUGGUACUAUGCAACACCAACCAUGCACCAUAUGAUAUUGGCUGAAGCAGAGAACUGUCAGGAGUGUGUUCACAAAAGCUCUAUCAAAUUCAUCUGUAAUGCAGGUGGUGGCCUUCCUCCAACCCUUGCAGAGCAGCUCCAUUCUACAUCCGGGUGUGUUGUUUUACCGAGUUAUGGAAUGACAGAAUGUGCUCCUAUUGCGGCGCCACCGCUGGACUAUGAUCUCACUCGAGUUGGGGCGUCAGGCCUCCCAGCAGGCCCUGAUCUUGCCAUCCUGGAUAUAUAA